CGAAACCAUAAUUUUCCCGCUUUUCCGCCACCGGUUUCGUGAUAUGUGUGUGCGUGUGUAAUACACGGCUUUUCAUUCGGAAGUUAAAUUCUAGUGGCUGUUUCGCAACGAGUGCAAAAAAGAUCCAAACGAAAGUUAUGUGGUACCAUAUCAGUUCCUCACGAACGCAGCUAGUUCGUGGUCGUCGUCUUCGUUGUCGUGUGUGCCACGCGAAGCAUGGGCCGUAGGGAGGCGGGAAACAACGAAUAUCGUUCAUCUUGUUAUCGUGAGAAGUCCUGGCGGUCCUGGAUGCCUUGUGCGCAGGCACGCGCGCUUUCGCCAGAGGAUAGAAGACUUCACACCAUCGCACGCACGGUGAUGGUAUAUAAACCGCAGAAGAUAGCCAGCCCACUACACAGUCCUGCUGAGUGAACAGUUCGCGCAGCAACUAGCAAUACCCGGGAAGAGCACAGGCGAGCACAUACACAGACAUAUACGCACGGAGUAUAUCAGCUAGCGGACUUUAAUUCUUUACGGAGUUACACAGAGGAUCGAGACUACCGGAGUCGAGAGCGAGCAAGUAAGGUGUUUCGUGGUCAUAGUGUUCAUCUUUGGUAAAUUGGCGAGAAAUGGGCAACGGACGGGAACAAUUAAACUAGGAUUGAUUAUUCUGGCUGACGGGAGAGGCACCAAGCUAUCGAUUUCGACCCGCAAGCGAUCGUGACGAGUGGUUUUGGAUGAACAUUCGUUGUACUGUAUUUGGUGCAUAAUAAUAAUUCCUGGUUGCCAUCGGGAAAGACUGAUCGUGCAAGCGCGUUUCGGUUAAGCUUCGGAGCGGCAUUUUAAAAAUUUAAAGAUGAUUUAAUGUGUCGUAAAAUGAAAAUGUGGAUCUUUGGAUGAGUCAAUUGAGCUCAAUAAGCAAUCUAGAGUCUAUGAUUCUUCGAGUGCCAACUAUAAGGAAUGCGGCGCCGAUUACUACUAUAAUGGGCAAAGCCCCCUCAACUGCAAUCAAUUAUGUACUUCGUACGCCGGUAUCGGUCUGUAUUGGGCACUCUUUGCAUCGUUCAACUUGCAACAGUAUGCAGGGGUGUUCAGACCAUCCCACCACAUGUACCAUCUCGAACUAGAAAGAUAGUAGACACGCAUAUACUUGCAUAUCAUAGUAGCAUAGGUAUAGGUUUGCUGAGUUUAGCCGGGGAAUUCGUCAUUGAAAUAGGAGUAGCGUUAGCGCUCACUGGAAUAAUCAAUAAUAAUAUUAUAAUCCCUUCCAUUAGAGGAAGCACACGCUGAACUAAUUCGUUUGUUAAAAGGGUGACCAGAAAAGAGUGUACCUGGUGGUAUUAUAAUAAUUGUCGCUAGGCCGCCGGUGUGUACCGUGAAGCGCCCUUCGAAACACCAUCUACUUAAGCAGAUAAGUGGUUUGUAUAUUUUAGCCUAGGAUCCGGGCUUACGAUGUAGGACCCAAGCACUAAUCCUUGAAAACGGUCCAAUCACCCUUAGAUAGGAGCGUGUGCUAAUUAAUCGCUUUCCCGAAAUAAUGCGCCGUAGACGAUAAAAAAAAAGAAACAGCAACGGGCAGUCCUCCGGUCUAUCGACGCAAGAGUGCCCGAUUUACACCCUGUCCAACCAAGCAAUCGACAAGUGACGAUAUGAGCCCAAUUUCAUGAGCGUGUCAUUUGGUCGAACAAACAACCCAACCUCAUCGAACUGGCGGCACCGAGAAAGUGUCGUUAUAGCAGAAGAUGCAUCCGACAAGCACUAAGCAAACAAAGCUGGACGCAAUAAACUUGGCAGGACGACGAAGUGGUAUGCGCCUCGUCGCUGUCGCCGGAGCGCGGAUCUCUGAAAGGAGUGCUUGAUGAAGUUUGUAACGAACACUGCAAAAUGAAAACCAAAGCAAUCACACAGCAAUUAAGUUACUACAGGCAUGAUAAAGACGAUAUAUUUGAGCGUACAGCGUAAUCCAGGCAGCUUUUCCGAUUUCUGUCCAAUGCGCCCUUCUUAAUACCAAUCUGCCUGUGAAUGGCUGAUAAGCGUUCUUCUGGUAACCUAAAGCCCAAUAUAACAAUCUGGAGUUGAAUAUAUAGACCAGAAUAUCGUUAUAUUUUAGAACUUUUAUGCGGUAACUUUGAGCAGGUCUAUGCAAAGAACUAUUCUUUCUUGAAGAUAUUGAGAUAAAAGAAGCUAAUGGUUUACGUUGAUGAACAAAUGAACAGCAUACAAUUUUUACUUCCAAUUAUAAACCAUUGGACGUAGUUAACAUGCAACUUAUCGCCAAUUAAAGGAUGGAUAACGGUGGUACUCCAGCGUGAAUUAAUGGCAAAAUUGUUUCGAUGUUAGCAUUUCUUAGCAAGCCAUAAAUAUGGAAAUUGACAAUGCCAAAGCCUUAUCAGUUUGCAUCUCAACUAGAAGAAACAAAAACUAUUGCGAAGAGUUAUGUACGCUCUUGAACGCGCGCAGAAAACACUUGUAUUAAAAUAGAAGUGGAUUCUCGGCUCAACAGCAUGUCCUUAGCGAGGAAGCAAUUAGAGAGAAGUCACGCAUUCGCUAGCAUGCCCUUGGCUAUGAUAACAUUACACUUCCCGACAAACUACCGCAGCCGGCGUUGUAGCAGGCAGGAGGAAGAAUAAAUGGAAAAUACAGGGAAUAGCCUCUGGGUUGCAAAACCAAAAAUAACAUUUUUGUUUCCUUACAUGCUGCUCAGACAUGAAGCUGUAUCGUUGCACUUUCUGCUUGGUCGUUGUGCUGUUCGUGUCUGUUUGGUACGCCCACGGUCAGGACUCCGAAGGACGAUCGUUGGCCAACAUGGCCAAACUGCAGGUGCAAGGGAAACCGCUGGAGGCGAUAAGCAUCGGCUUAUUGGGUGCAUAUGGCGAUGGUAGUAACCAACACCUGCUGGAGCAGAGUGAGCAAUUAUCACGCCGGCUUUCACCAAAGAUAAACGACGAUAAGGAGGGUGAAAACAUGCUGGCCUGGUUGGGUAACGCACCGGUCCAGCCCACGCGUGAAAUGAAGCGCAGCUGGAACAGGAUGAAUGCAGUCUGGGGCAAGCGAGUCAACGCUGGUGGUCGCAAUGCCGGAUGGACCAAAUUUGGCGGAUCAUGGGGAAAACGUGAACCAGGCUGGAACAAUCUCAAGGGUCUAUGGGGGAAGCGCGCUGAGAAGUGGGACAAGCUAGCCUCCGCUUGGGGCAAACGACAGGAAGUUAGCCAAUCGUUUUAAUAAAGCCACAAGAUCUUUUAGGUUUGUUCAUUUGCUAGCCGUUCUCAAUACCCAUUUAGGAGCUGCUUUCGAUAAAUUGUAUUCAGUAUCAAAAAGCAGUUUGCAGCUGCAUCAUUUGUAAUGCAAACCAUAGCAUUGCUUCACUGGGGUGCAUUGCCGUUUGUUCGAUUUAUAUGCGUGAUGUAGAUAUGAUAGAGAUGGAACGCCAGUAGACUGUGCAGAAGUUAUAUCGAAUAGGAUCGUUAUUCACGAUCCAAAUACGGACCUGCAGUCGGUAAAUGAAAUAACAAUAUUAGUACAUAUUACGACAGAAUUAAUUUUUGAUCUCAUUAUUCGUCUUUAAAAACACUACCCUCUCCCCUCCUCGGCUUCCCUUAGGGCGGCAAGACGAUGGCUCGUAGCGCCUAUUUGACUUUUUUUUUUAGUUCAUAGACCCUUAGAUGGUGUUAUCAAUAAUGCAAAUCCAUAAAGAUUGUCGAGAAAACUUAGUGAUCAGUGUUACAAUCUGAAAUUAAAUGGCAGCAGCGUCAUAAAUUGUUUAAUUCAAUGCAAACUUAUUACUUGCAAUAAAAAUUGUAAUGAGAUAAAUACGGUUCAGCCCGUUGAAUAAUGAAACCAAGAGAACAAUCUUUAAAU